AUGGCUUUCUCCAACUCCGUGUCGCAUUUGUUGAUUUUUGCCAUCAGCUGCUGGUCAUCAGUAUCGGCAGACCUACGAUCCGAUCUGAAAGAUUUUGCUGGCUUAGUUCCUCGACGACGCAUUGGUUAUUUAACCGCCAGAUAUUAUAUCUUCGAUCCGAGAUUCCGACAGGCCGUGGAGUUUGUUCGCAGCGAUGAGUUUACAAACACCUGGCAGCAAAUUCGUGCAGCUCCCGAUUUUGUUAAUAUUAUCAAUUACCUAACCGAGCAUGGCUCUGGGUAUGAUAUCACCACUCUUGUGGACCGUUUGAUUGCCCGAUUGAGGGCUUUCCAACUGUCGCGCACUGUACCCGUAGAGCUGAUGCUACGUCGCGAUCUUACUACCUUCCUGCGGGACAUUUUACAAAGUUUGCCCCGGACAAGGAUCUAUUCACUGAUGGCCCAGAAAGUGCGACAAGGUGGGGAGUUUGCCAAGCUCUACAAGGCUCUCAGGGAUAAGGCUUUCAAGGAUCUGGUGCAGCGUGCGAGGUACUCUCAAGAAUUGAGGGCACCGUUGAGAAAGCUGAGCCAGAAGAGCAUCAACGUGGAUGAGUUACUGCAAAUACUGUUUGAGAUCAUCAGUUGGGGUCCUCAGGUUUAA